CUGAUGUAAAACUACGCAUCCGAUGCCUCUCCUUUCUUGCCAAAUCGGACAUUCGCUCUCCCGCUGCCUUCUCGGAGUCCGCCGCCACCACUCCUCCAUCAUCUCCAGCGGCGAAGACGCUGACCUUCCCUCCCUCAUCUCUAAUCUCGUUCUUACCCACUCAUCCACCCCUGCUGCCCUAACCUCCACUCUCUCCUCCUCCUUCCCCAUCCCCACUUUCUCACCCUCCAUCAUUGACGCCGUCCUCAAACGCCUCUGGAACGACGGUCCCCACGCUCUCCUUUUCUUCCGCGCCCUCCUCCGCCUCCCUUCGUUCUCUCCCACCGCCUCCUCCUUCGACCACGCCAUCGACAUCGCCGCCCGCCUCCGCGACCGUGGCUCUCUCCGCUUUCUCCUCUCCGCUCGAAACGCCGCUCACCUUCCCCUCUCCCACCGCACUUUCUCUCUCCUAGCCGAGCGCUUCGCGAAUGCCGGAAAACCUGACCGUGCAGUCCGUCUCUUCCUCUCCCUUCAUCACCAUGGCUGCCGUCAAGAUCUCCGCGUUUUCAACUCUCUCCUCGACGUCCUCUGCAAGUCCCGCCGCGUCCGCAAGGCUACCUCCCUGUUUAAAUCCUUCAAGUCCCGCUUCGGCGCCGAUGCCAUCACGUUCAACAUCCUCGCCGAGGGCUGGUGCCGUCUUAAGCGCACCGCAAAUGCUCUCGAUGUGCUGAAGGAAAUGGUGGAUUCAGGCCUGGAGCCAACGCUAACCACUUACAAUAUCUUGCUAAAGGGAUUUUUUAGGGCGGGGCAGGUUAAGGAGGGAUGGGAGUUCUUCCUUCAAAUGAAGAAGAGAGGGAGGAAGAAGGGAUCAGGAUGUUGGCCGGAUGUUGUGUCCUAUACCACGGUGGUGCAUGGUCUCGGUCUUGCUGGCCAGACCGAGAGUGCCAGCAAAGUUUUCGAUAGUAUGAUCGUUGAAGGCUGCUUGCCUUCCGUAGAAACAUAUAAUGCUUUGAUACAGGUGCUCUGCAAGAAGGACUGUAUCGGGAAUGCACUAUUGGUGUUUGACGAAAUGCUGAAGAGAGGAUACACCCCCAACGUAAUUACUUACAAUGUGGUGAUCAGGGGGCUAUGCCAUGGUGGUGAGAUGGGUCGGGCUAUGGAGUUCAUGGAGAAGAUGCAAAAUGAAGGAUGUAAGCCUAAUGUCCAGACUUAUAACAUUGUGAUAAGGCAUUGGUGUGAAGAAGGUGGGGUGGAGAUGGCUUUGGGGCUGUUUGGGAGGAUGAAGGAGGGAGGUAAUUGUUUGCCGAAUCUCGAUACAUACAACGUGGUGAUCAGCAGCAUGUUCGCCAGGAAGAAGUCGGAGGACAUGGUGGUGGCAGGGAGGAUGGUGAUGGAGAUGGUGGAGUGCGGGCAUUUGCCUAGGAGGUUCAUGUUCAAUAAGGUGCUCAAUGGGUUGCUGCUAACUGGAAAUCAAGAUUUUGCCCGCGAGAUGUUGCGGUUGCAAGAUAGAUUUGGGCGUUUGCGUCGAGAGAUCAGGCUAUGAAGCUUCCGAGUGAAAUAUGAAUCAUAUUUUUCAAAUGAGGUUGGCUAGUUUAUUAGAGUCGUUUGCAUUGUCGCUAGUUUUUCUUUUCACUUGAGUUCAGAUUGUAUAGCUAAUGAAGAAAGCUGAUGGUUAAGGAUUCUUAAUCUUUGCCUUACGUGCAGGAAGAAGCUUUCAGAAUACUUAAAUGUUAUAGCUUUCAAAAUCAAGAUUUGCAUUUUAUUUGAUACAUAAACAACUUUUUUUUAUAAUCUUUAAAUCAUCCAAGGGGUCUAAGC